AGGUGCCGCAGAUUUGCUCAGGGAACAGAACGAAAGCAAAACAUGGAGGUCAAAGAAAAGGCCAAAAUCGUAAUUACAGUAGCCUCUCUUGUAGCGGUGACAGUCCUGAUCGUGACGGAGUAUCGCCGGCGCCGUCGUUACCGGAGGAAGCAAACAUCUCCUCUAAGCUCUUGUUAUCUGCAUUCCGAGGUGAGACCACAGUUCGGAUUCAAACGCGUGCUUGCAGAUAACUCUUACUCUGAAUUCAAACACUUGAAGCUCGAUGAUGCGUCUUCCUCUUCAGAGGAAGCUUCCAACUGUCACCAUCCGUAUGAAUCUGAGAUAACUGUUUUGUUAGAGAACACUCAGAUUGAAUUUGGGUUUUUGAGGGGAGAGUGUUCAUUGGAAAUGAGUGAUUCUUAUGUGUGGGUUGAGACGGAGUCACAGUUAAAGGAACUUGCUGAAGUAUUGGCAAAAGAAAAGGUUUUUGCAGUUGAUACUGAGCAGCAUAGUUUGAGGUCCUUUCUUGGUUUCACUGCUCUAGUUCAGAUUUCUACACAUGAGGAAGACUUUUUGGUGGACACGAUUGCGUUACAUGAUGCAAUGAGUAUUCUUCGUCCUGUUUUCUCUGAUCCGAAUAUUUGCAAGGUGUUUCACGGGGCUGACAACGAUGUUCUCUGGCUUCAAAGAGACUUCCAUAUAUAUGUUGUGAAUAUGUUUGAUACUGCCAAGGCAUGUGAGGUGUUGUCGAAGCCUCAAAGGUCACUGGCGUAUUUACUCGAGGCAGUAUGUGGAGUGGCUACUAACAAAUUGCUGCAGCGUGAAGACUGGAGACAACGUCCUCUGUCCAAAGAGAUGGUGCAAUAUGCCAGAACGGAUGCACACUAUCUCCUCUAUAUUGCAGAUGCUUUGACUGCUGAACUCAAACAACUAGCCACUGAAGAUUCAUCUAGCCCCGAUGACAAAUUCCAUUUUCUUCUCGAGGCUAGUAGGCGGUCAAACAUGACUUGUUUGCAAUUGUACACGAAAGAAACUGAAGAUUUUCCUGGGAGUGCUGCUGCUUCCUCGAUAAUUUAUCGGCAUUUAAACGGACACGGAGAUACUUCUACCAUCUCCUUGAACGCUGAAGAGCUUGUUAGGAAACUUUGUGCAUGGAGAGACUUAAUGGCACGGAUUCAUGAUGAAAGCACACGAUAUGUGUUACCUGACCAAGCUGUAGUCGCUCUUGCUUGUAAGCAGCCAACUACAGCUGAAGAGAUAUAUGGUGCAAUAGCUCAUACUGAUUUGGCUACUGAAUCUUCUCCGAGCUUGAAUUCCUCAGUUCAGUCUCCAUAUCCGGUUAUUUGUAGUCAUUUGGAUGACAUAUAUCAAAUGAUUCUGAACAAGUUGGCUAAGCUGGAUGAUAUCUUACCGUUAGUUCUUAAGAAAUGCUUGGGCAAAAAUGGAACAUGUCCAAUUUCUGUCUUCAACUAUUCCCUCUUGUUAAACUUCAAGACAAAGCUAAGUAGCCACUCUGCUCCCAAGCAAAAUGGACAUAAGAACUUCAAGCAGUUCACUCGUAAGGCAUCACGAGAGCUUUUUGUCAAGAAAUUUUCCUGCAAGGCUCCCGUUUAUCACAAUUGUCGAAUAUACGCAAAUGAUGGACGGUUGCUAUGCUAUUGUGAUAAAAGAAAACUUGAAUGGUAUCUGAAUCGUGGACUUGCGAAGCUAGUCGAAGAAGAUCCACCUGCGAUAAUGCUUUUGUUUGAGCCUAAAGGACGUCCAGAAGAUGAGGGGAAUGAUUUUUAUAUCCAGACCAAGAGGAACAUAUGUGUUGGGUGUGGGGAAGGGAAACACUAUCUGCGUUACCGGAUAAUACCUUCUUGCUAUAGAGUUCAUUUUCCAGAGCACCUAAAAAGUCAUAGAUCUCAUGAUAUUGUUCUACUUUGUGUGGAUUGUCAUGAAGUUGCACAUGCUGCUGCAGAGAGGUACAAGAAACAAAUCGCCACAGAAUUUGGAAUUCCUCUUUUUGUUCGUAGAGUACUCGAUUCAAAAGAAGCACAAGGGACGUCUUCGUUGAUGGAAGAUGAAUCAACGGUUAACUCCGAGGAUGCAGGUGUCUCUCCAUUACUUCUUAGAUCAGCUGCAAUGGCGCUCUUACGACAUGGGAACAGAAUGCCAUCAAGUCGCCGUGAGGAAUUGUUGCAGAUUGUGAAGAUGUAUUACGGUGGACGGGACAUAUCUGAAGAUGAUUUGGAAAGAGCUUUACUCAUUGGGUUGAGCCCUCACGAGAGACGAAAACGCGAAAGAAAGAAAGGGGUCUCCCUGAAACAUUCUGCAGAGGUUGCUCGUUUGGACAAACAAGAAAAUGGUAACAAAGAUAAAAACAAUGAUGACGAGGCUCCAGCAGACUCUGAGAAAAUUAUGAAUGUAGAAAGGAGCACAGUUGCUGACGAUAGUGGUGAUGGGGGUACAAGUGAAGGAGAUGGAGCUACUGAGCUAAAUGAUGCUCAAUGUAAUGGAAAUAUGUUGCACCAACAGAACUCCAAACUGUCUUUGCUAGGACAUGGACCGCAUGGGAAACAAAUUGUAGAGUAUCUGUUAAGGGAAUAUGGAGAAGAUGGUGUACGAGAUUUCUGUCAAAGGUGGAGAAAAGUGUUUGUUGAUGCUGUUCAUCCUCGCCAUUUACCUGGUGGUUGGAAUGUUAGUCACAGUGGCCGAAGAGACUUUGGCGAAUUCAGCGUUUACAAUCCCACAAAGAGACUCUCUACCGAAUAACUUGCCAAUGGAAAGUCUAUUUCUGUUUCGUCUCUUCUUUCGUCGUCAAUUUUGGUCCACUAUCCAGGAAACGAGUCUGGAUUGGCUUAUUUUGUGAUUCCUCAGCCGCAUCAGUUAUCUGUUGUAUUCUUCUGUAGACCUGUGUACUAUGUUUUAAGUCAAAGUUUUUGGAUUAUUAAUUUGCUGUCUAGGCCUAUAUUUUGAAAAGAUAACAGAACUUAGUUAUACCAAACAGUAAUACAAAAAAGGCUCUUUGUCCAUCAA